UUUAAAUAAGUUUUUAUUCAAGUAAAAACAUUUUCUUUGAAUUCAACAACAACCACCACCAAUAAUCAUCAUGUCAGCCAAUAACGACAAUCAAACUGUUGUAAAAGCAUCGCCAUCAACAUCAUCAUCGAAUACAUCGUCAUCGAUGAUUCAUUUGGCCAUUUUGGAUCGAUUACGUCAGAUACAACUUGUUCAUCAAGCAUUAGAUAUGGCUGAAACAAGUUAUCAACGUAUCAAAUCCAGUAAUUCAAUGGUUGGAGCUACAUUGACCCAGGCUGAAACGAUGGCCAAUCAAUUGGCUAUGCCAGUGAUCAGUAAAUUGGAACAGCCAAUUCAUAUGGUCGAUAAUUUGGCUUGUCAAAGUUUCGAUACCAUUCAAUCCGGUGUAACAAUGAUUUCAAAUAAUGAAGUUGUCGGUAUGGUACAGAAACGUGUGGAUGCAACAAUGGAAUUUGUACAAACAAAUUCAAAACAAGCACGUGCUAUGUUUGAACAACGUUUGGAACAAACACUUCAACGUGCUUAUGCAUUACGAAAACAAGCUUUGGAAAAUGUCAAUUCCGUGAUGAAUGUAUCGGAAACUGUUAUCAAAUCGGUGGAUAAAUCAUUGACAGCAGCUGAAAGUUCUUUGGAUCGUCUGUUGCCACCAUUGAAACCAGAACCAGAAACUACUACUAGUAGUGAACCACAACAACAACAGAAUGGUCAACAACCAGUUAGACGAUUAUUUCAACGUAUGGUACGUUUUUCCGAUAAACUUCGUCGACGUAUCGUUCAAUAUACAGUGGAAAAAUGGUACACAAACAUUGAAAAAUCUGGCCACCAUUUUCGUGAAAAUGUUCUCAACAUUAUUUCCAGCCAAUUAUCAAAUCUUCGAUUACAGAUGAAUAAUUUACAAACGGAAAAACCGAAACAAUCAUAAAUUUUUUUCAUCUAUUA